AUGCAGGUCUUGCGGUUUCUCAAGGAAUAUGGAAAUACUUUGCAGAAUGACCGGGAGAAAUUAUUUGAGAGAUGGUCACGAUUUAUUUUCCAUGGCCAGCUGAAUCCCGAUCGGGCGCCCUUGGAAAACGAGCUCCUGCGACUGGUUCGAUCCGUAACACUCAUACACCCGUCCUUUCCUCCUCCAUCUGGACUCUUACGUCUAACCUGGUGCCUGACACAGCCAGGUCCCUACAGAUAUCGAAAUGUUCCAUUGCCCAAUAACACUGCCACCUUCGAUUGUCUGGUCAUCUGGGUCAAAGAAAUUGACAAGGCCACACGUUAUCGGGUCUCUAUUUGGGACAACGCCACGGUCGAAUGGAUUGAAGGCGAUGAUAUUGAGAGCCUGAAGAGACUUGUUCAUUAG